GACGGACACUGACCACGAAGGGAACCGCUGAUACUCUCGAUAUCUGCAAGUAAAGCUGUGAGUCACAGAAUCUCGGUCAAGGGGCAGCGUAGAAGUGACAAGGGGUCGAAACCCCUGAGCACAUCCCUCGGCUGCGAUGGCGAGGCGUGUGCGGCUGCAGUGGACCCCUUCCAUGGAAGUUGCAAGGCAUGACGAGCCCGACUAUGUUAAGUCGAGGUCAAUGUAUACUAAUCUCUCUAUCCUUUUCCUCUUCCUACCUCUCUCCCACUUACCUUCUGGUCCACUUCCCUCGCCCUCUCACCUCCGACUAUAUUUGCUAUGCCUAAUACAUCAGCCGUACCCUUGCACAUCAAGACCGGCAGUUCCUCCUCCUCUUCCACUAGCUCCUCCGCAUCUUCCAAGCCCAAAGUCAGCUCACCGAAGCAGCCUCGUCUUCGAGGAGCAGGCUCAGGAUUUCGUGGAGGAGCAGGAGGAUCCCCAUCGCCGCUGAGCCCUUCGCUUCCUAGCACAGCCACCUCCUUGGUCAAUAGCAUGAAUUUCAUAUUCAAGUCAAAGAGUAGGACACCUGCUGAGCUCGUCAAGAACAUCAGAGAUGCUAUUCGAAGGCUGGAAUCGAGCAGUGCUAGCCAGGAGGCACAGCGGAAGGUGAGCUGACU